AUGGCAUAUAUGCAUCACAAAGAAACCCAAAUUGCUUCUAAACACCCCGAUCCGGCUAUCUCGAUGCCCUUCCUACUCCUUUUCAUCGUUGUCGCGACCUUCUUCAUCUGGUGCUGCUGUGUCGGCGCCUGGCUGGCACGCCUGUGGUACUACGAUGGGCAACUCCACCGCAAGUUUCUCAAGUACGAUAUACAACCUCAGUACAUCCGCGAGCGCCUUGUCCGCGAGGAAGAGAAGAAACCACGCCAAAGUCAGAAAGUUGUAGACGUCCCACGCUGGCACCGCGACGUCACUACGUUGAGCUUCGAGAGGGUGCAGGAGUUCGACAGUUCGAGCUUGAGACACCGAAUCUUUGAGAGCAAGCGCAUCUCAAGGCUUCCAGCAUUUGAGCAAGACGAUGGUGGCGAUGGGAGUGGAUUUCCCGAUAUGCCUGUGGAUAUGACGGCUGACGAAUAUAACGAACAACACUUCCCUAGGCGUUAUAACUUUCGCGAUCUUGGCCUCAGUGGGCUGGCUCAAGAUGAUUGGCUGACAUACUACCAUGAUGAGCAGAUUACAGCGCGCGACCAUUUACUAGAAGUUCGCCGCGAAGAUUGUAUUCAGAUGCGUCCCGGUAGAGAGGCUGAAGACGCAUGCGGAGAGCUAUGGCAGGAGGUCGCAAAGUUCUUGUCAACAAAAUAUCCAAUGCGUUUCUGGGAACAGAAAGAGAACGCAGAGAGAAAGCUAUACGAUGAUGACACACGUGAGAGCUACCCGCUGGGCGGACCGUUUGGGUGGCUUACACUGGACACCAUGGCGCGACUUGUCCGCGAGGACUUCUGCAUUUUCAGCAAAAGCCCUUUCUCGGCUCAGUUCACCUUACUGGCAGGCACGACAUGUUUUCCAUCUGGAUGGCGUCUCAGAGCCCGAGUCGGCCAUUCCAUCGAGAGCCAGCAAGAGACCAUUCUACCCUGGGAGAAACUUCCGGAGAUUCUCACCUACAUUGAUGAGCUUCGUAAUAGACCGCUCUACAAGCGUCACGUCGCAUUUAUCCAGACGGUUCGCCCGUCCGAAUCCGAUUAUACGAAGAAGUACUUCAUCCAGGAAAGUAAAGACUUCUUCUCUGGCGACAUCAGCUUCCUUCAGGCAGAAAGUUUACACGCGCGUAUUGAACAACAAAUGUUUAGAAAGCUGCCAAAGUCGGGCGCUGUUGUGUUGACGACAAGAGUGCAAAUCGAACCGUUAGUGCGUAUGGAGGAAAGGAAGUUGAGGCAUCUGGCGAAGGAAAUCAGGAGCUGGCCGGCUCAUAUUGCGAGACUAAAGGGUCGGGACCUUUGGGGAAGAGCCGUGCUUGGUUUCAUUGAGCAAUUUCCCAUGGCGCACGACGAUGCGUCGGUUAUGGAUGCGGGCGAGAUGACGGAGCCUGGUGAUGAUAUUGACAGAACGUCGUUCACUGAGAUCCCAUGA